AUGAGCUUGUCUUCUGCUAAAGUUCUUGAUGAGUCACAAGGAGCUAUCAAAAAACUCAAACUGAAGAAAACGGACGUGUUCAAUCUAUCUAAUGGAGAACGUAUUGUGGUUGAUUUUGACGACUUAGAUUCUCCUAUUGGCGAAGGACAAGGCAUUCUUGCAGGUUUUUGUGGAAUUUUAGCAAAAGACAGCUCCAUAUUUCCAGUUCACUUUGAAAAAUGGUCGGAUUUACCUGCAGCAUACUUCAACAAUUGCUUUGAUCAAUUUAUAAAGCCGCGAUUUUGUUUUAGGACCAGCGAGUCAAAUGCAAGGCGAUAUGCAUAUAGUUCGAUGUGUAAGAAGUGGGGUGCAAGAAGGCUAAAGUUGUUUAAUGCAAUUGAUGACCCACUUAAGAGCAGAGAUCAGAUAAGAGCUGAGGCAAUUAAUAAAGUUCCAGAUGGGAUUCCACGGGAUCAAUGGAUUUCUUAUGUUGAUUACCGCCUUAAAGAAAAAACAAGGGAAAUGUGCAAAAGAAAUGCUGAAAUUCGGAAGACACAAACCAUUUCACACAUCGGUGGCUCCAAACCCGACUCCAGAAGAAGGGCUGAAAUGAUGGCUAAUAGCGGACAAAAUCCUGGAUGAGGUCAACUUUAUCUUGCUACUCAUAGGAAUGAAGAUGGAUCAUAUGUUAAUGAGGCAGCAAAAGAGAUAUGUGUAAGUUUUUAUGUAAUUGUGGAUUCAGUAAAUUUCUUCAAAUCAUCUUCCAAGUGGA